AUGUCAGACAACUACGGGAGCUUUCAGACAGAAAUCUAUGGCAAGGGUGCCAUGAUGGGCAUCCUGCCCAAUGUGACCACCGACCCCCGCCUACUGGAGGAACAAGCAAGGAAAUCGCUGGGCGUGCGAUCAUUCAAUUAUGUCUCCGGAGGUGCAGGCGAGAAAGCCACGAUGGAUAGCAACCGGCUCGCAUUUCGGCAGUGGAAGCUCAUCCCCAAGAUGAUGCGAAACCAGAUGGAAAAACAGGAUGUGUCGAUUGAGCUGUUCGGCCAGAAAUACGAUAACCCACUCAUCAUGGCACCGGUCGGCGUCCAGAGCCUCUUCCACGGAGACAAGGAGACCGGUCUUGCCGAGGCAUGCGCCGAAGUCGGCGUGCCCUAUACCCUGAGCACAGCGAGCACCAGCUCGAUUGAAGACGUCGCGACCGCCAACGGCGACGGCAAAAGAUGGUACCAGCUAUACUGGCCACAGGACAAUGAGAUCACGAAGUCGCUGCUAAAGCGCGCCAAGGAGAACGGCUUCUCGGUCCUGGUGGUUACGCUGGAUACAUGGUCGCUGGCAUGGCGUCCUGCGGACUUGGAUAACGCGUAUAUUCCAUUCAUCAAGGGCGUGGGGAACCAAAUCGCAUUCAGCGAUCCGGUCUUCCGCGCGAAAUUUGAAAAGGAGUCCGGCACGACCGUCGAGGAUGAUAUCGUGGGUGCGUCGCGGGCGUGGCUGGCGGAUGUGUUCUCGGGUCGUGCGCACACUUGGGAGGACCUCGCAUUUUUACGGGAGCAGUGGGAUGGGCCGAUUGUGCUGAAGGGGAUCCAACAUGUGGACGAUGCGAAAAAGGCUCUGGAGUGCGGCUGUGAUGGCAUCGUGGUUUCCAAUCAUGGAGGCCGCCAGGUGGACGGAGCCAUUGGCUCGCUGGACGUCCUGCCCGAGAUUGUCGACGCGGUCGGCGAAAAGAUGACCGUGCUGUUCGACUCGGGCAUUCGCACUGGCGCGGAUGUCGUCAAGGCCUUGUGUCUGGGGGCUAAGGCAGUGCUAGUCGCGCGGCCGGUCAUCUACGGGCUGAGCAUUGAUGGCAGCAACGGUGCGAAGCAGGUGUUGAAGGGGCUUCUCGCAGAUCUGUGGCAGAGCAUGGGCCUGAGUGGAAUCCUAAAUGUUGCUGAAUGCGACCGGAGCAAGAUUCGCAAGGUGGUGUAUGGGGGCGACGUGAAGGCGAUGAUGUGA